GCCCAGCGCCUGCCAUCAGCUGGUUCCUACCAACACUGUUGGCAAGGGUGACUGCCUGAGGCGCGGGGCCGUUUCUCAGUGUGGGGGUUGAGGAAAGGCCUCUACCGAGAGCGCUAAGCCAUCCGCGGAGGCAGCGGGCGUAGCCGGGUCUGCCCUGCGGAGAAGCGGGUGGCGGCCUGCGCUGCGGACCUCAGGGGACCUGAAGCGCGACAAAGAGUCGGCGCGCUUGGUACUCGCGUCGGCCGAGCUGUAACUUCCGCGGAGGCUGCUUCUGGUUCUCGGCGAAGGGAGCAAGGCCUCGCGGCCUAAGUGGCGGAAUCGGCACUCCUCGGUGCACGCGUGGCCCAGAGCCUCCCGCAGCCCACGGCGUACAGACUGUUUUGCCAACCAUGGCAUCUGGAGAUGACAGUCCUAUCUUUGAAGAUGACGAAAGCCCUCCUUACAGCCUUGAAAAAAUGACAGAUCUUGUAGCCGUUUGGGAUGUUGCUUUAAGUGAUGGAGUCCAUAAGAUUGAAUUUGAACAUGGGACCACAUCAGGCAAACGAGUGGUAUAUGUAGAUGGGAAGGAAGAGAUAAGAAAAGAAUGGAUGUUCAAAUUGGUGGGCAAAGAGACCUUCUGUGUUGGAGCUGCAAAGACAAAAGCAACCAUAAAUAUAGAUGCCAUCAGUGGUUUUGCUUAUGAAUAUACUCUGGAAAUUAACGGGAAAAGUCUCAAGAAGUAUAUGGAGAACAGAUCAAAAACCACCAAUACUUGGGUAUUACAUUUGGAUGGUGAGGACUUUAGAGUUGUGUUGGAAAAAGACACAAUGGAUGUAUGGUGCAAUGGUAAGAAAAUGGAGACAGCAGGUGAGUUUGUAGAUGAUGGGACUGAAACUCACUUCAAUGUUGGGAACCAUGACUGUUACAUAAAGGCUGUCAGUAGUGGAAAGAGGAAAGAAGGAAUUAUUCAUACUCUCAUUGUGGAUAAUAGAGAAAUUCCAGAGAUUCUUGAAUGACUUCAUGUUGAUGAACAUUAAGAAGUAACGAUCAGGACUUUUAAAUUACUGUGCUAAUUAAAUAUGUUCAAUAUGUACUUCUUGAUACAUUUAAUCUGCCAUCUUUUUAUUUUUUUAGUUACUUGAAACUGUAAUGUUCCAAGGGUCAGAGGAAAAAAAAGAAUUUUGUACAACUUAAAAAGCCUGCAAUUUAUUUUGUAAAUACUGUAAAAAUGUUUUAAAGCCAAAUAGAAAAUAAGAUGUGGACCAAAAUCACUAAUGUUUUACAACAACUUUUACUAUAAUAAACACU